AUGACACUGGAAGAAUUAAAGACGGCCGUCUCUCUCUUGUGCAAUACGCCGGUUGAUAGCACUACGAUCAUGCGUGAUCAGAUAGCAUCCUGUGGACCUAUCCUCCAAUCUUCCGAAGAACAAGACACCUGUAGUCUUGUCCACCAAUCAGCGAGGGACUACUUAUUGCGGGAAGAGGCCGACAGCGAUCCAAUACUUGAGGAGUUUCGAAUCGAAGCGAAAGAGGCGCAUACUAGUCUAGUAAGAAUAUGUCUUGCUUGCAUUGAGAACAGCGACCUCUGCCAUAGACCUCUGGAUAUCACGGAUGCAUCAGUUUUGAAGAAAUCGCCUCUAUUAGGCUACGCAGUAAAACACUGGCCAGAACAUGCAAAGCAUGCAGACGAAGAUUUCGACUUCUCAAGGACUUUCUUCCAAAAGAAAGAUGAUGCGCGGGUGCACUGGUGGCGAGCUUACGGAAAUGGCUCCGAAUGGCACAGGCAUGAGAUUGGUACUCGACCCCUGUACAUUGCUUCGUAUCUCGGGAUCAAUUCAUUGGUCCGAGAGAUUCUUCAGGCAAACGCGUGGCGUACCGGUCUCGAGUUCCGAAAAUAUGUUAACCAGAGAAACGAGUAUGGCAUGACGCCACUGAUCUUGGCCGCCGGCGAGGGUCAUCAUUCCGUGGUGCAGCUUCUUCUCGCAAACGGCGCCGAUGUUGACUUUCUCUCAGAACCCGCCUAUUGGGUUUCUACGGCGCUAGAAGCUGCCGCUGAAAGAGGGCAUACAAGUGUCGUACAGCUGCUUCUUGCCGCCGGCGCCAAUCCAGAGCUUCCAGGUAACGAUAUGGCGCUGCAUCGAGCUGCAGAAAUCGGCCACGCGGCUAUAGUCCAGUUGCUGCUUGACAAAGGCAUCGAUGUUAACGCAACUACAUGUACUAGCCGCAUCCUUGCAAUCUGGAAGACCCCGCUAAUUCUAGCUGCUGGCAAUGGUCACGAAGCUAUAGUACGGCUGCUACUCAAUAAUGGUGUCGAUGUCAACAUGAAAGAUGAAUUUGGGAAUACAGCGCUGCAAUUUGCUGCGCGUAACGGCCACGAGGCCAUAGUACAGCUGUUGCUCGAAACUGGCGCCGAUGUUAAUACACGCGCGACAGCCCUAAGUAAAGCUGUUGACAAAGGCCACGAAGCCAUAGUACGGCUACUGCUUGCAAAUGAUGUUGAUGCUAAACUUGAAGACAAGGCACUGCGCCGGGCUGCGUGGGGCGGCAACGAGGCCAUGGUGAGAUUCCUGCUCGCAAAUAGCGCCCAUGCUGAUAUAAAAGGUACAUGUAGCAUGGCGUUAAUCCGGGCUGCUGAGAGAGGGCAUGAACAUAUUCUCCGGAUUCUGCUCGAGAAAGGCGCUGAUAUAAACGCAAGGCAUACACAUCAUGGCAUCUGGUACACGGCGUUGGAGAUGGCUGCCCGCCAAGGUCGCACUACUACAGUCCAAUUUUUACUUGCAAAUGGUGCUCGGAACAUAAGCACAAAGGAUGCAGAGAAGCCCAGCAGAACCGCACUGGAAUGGGCCGUUCGAGGAGAGCAUGAGGACAUAGUGCAACUGCUUUAUAGACAGCGUCAGUCACUAAGAUUUAGCCAAGGCAUUGAGGUUGGCUAUGUGGGGAGGGUAUAG